UGGAAACCGCGCAACAAGCGGCAGCAGGCGCCGGUCGCGGCUUUCUCGUGAGCUCUUCGCGGCUUCGGACGGCUUCCUAUAUCAUCUUAAGUUUAUCCGUCCAUUUAUUAAAACCAGCUGGAGAAGUUACCGGCGGCGGGACUUUUUGUAGGGUUAGGUGUCCUGGUGAAGUCUCAUCAGCAAGCGGGACGGGGUUGAGCGCUCCGCGUCUAUUUAGGGGGGUGUGACAGCACUCUUCAUACAGCUGUGCCGGCCGGCCGGGCUUGUUUUUCUGAACAGGUUGUUUUUAGUGAGCUGUGGGACAGAACCGGGUCAUGGUCCUGUUCGGACACUGGAUUUACCGGCCGGAACCAACUGCUUGAAUUUGAUCCGAAUGAACUGCGAACCUCAGGCUCGGUUCAAUUCCAUCUUCUAUCAAAUAUGGAAACUUUAAAAGACAGCUUGUGGAUGACAUGAAUGACAAACAGGACAGGCCUUAUGUGUGCGGCGCCCCCGGCUGCUCUCAGCGCUUCCAGCUAGAGGAGCACCUGCUCAUUCACAGACACAAGCAUGAGAUGACCCUCAAGUUCCCCCCGAUAAAGACGGACAUAAGUUUUUCAGACCAGACUCCGACCCCAACGCGAUUUCUGCAGAACUGUGAAGAGGUUGGUCUGUUCAAGGAGAUCGAGGAGGAGUUUCUCCAAGCCCAGGAAGAGGAGAAUAACAAACAGACGCUGUCUCAUAAUGGGCCGACUUGUAUGAAUCAGCAGCAUCUAAAGCCCCAGCUGCAGCUUCAGCACCCUCCCCAGCCGCCGCUGCAUCAUCCCCAGGGCCAUGGCCCAAUGAUGGCGCCGAGCUGCAGCCUGGCCGCCCAGCAAGCACUGUCCUGCUCCUCCGGCGCCUCACAAUCUGGAUCGGUGAUCACCCAGGCUCCCUCCACCUUAACACAUUCAGGGCCGGCUCCGGGGGCGCUGUCCUGCCUCCUUCAAAUGCGGAACAGACACAGACAACCUCUGCCAGCCUCAUUACCUGGCACCCUGCCAGACCCCGCCAUGCAAGGGGCAUCUGCUCAGCACAUGACCAUAGAAAAGCAGAUGUCUUGCGCAAUGGGCAUACCAGCUCCUGUUCAAAACCCAUCCUGUUGUUCUCCUCAGAGACCCAAACAGACGAUGGGGCAUCAUUACUCUCAUCAACACCCGGGAAUGCUCGCCAUCAACAAUCCUGUGACAUCCAUGGGUCACAUGAUGGAGAUGAUGUCACAGCGCCACCACGCCCCUCCACUACAGCAACACCACCAUCCUCAUCAUCCCCACCUCCCUCAUCACCAUCAUCAUCACCAACCCAAUCAACAGCCACAGCUUGCAGCUCCGCCCCACACCUACCAGCAGCGAUGCCACGCUCCACCUCCACAGCACCUACGAAGCACUCAGAGCCUCCAGCUUCACCCGUCAGGGAACGCAGCACACUCUCAUUCUUACCAGUCACCGCCAUCACGCCUGCAUCAGAACUCCCCACCUUCACCCCCAAUAUCCGCCCCACCACAGUUAUCACCAGUUGCGCAACAGAUGCAACUGUCCCACUCUCAGCAUGCAGCACAGGCAAGCUGUAGCGGCAGCAGCAGCAGCGGGGGCAGUGGCGGAGGGGGUGGAGGAGGAGGCGGCAGCCGUCGAAGAAGAUCCGCCGAGCAGGACCCCGACGAGCGCAGGCAAAAGUUUCUGGAGCGCAAUCGGGCAGCAGCAACCCGCUGCCGACAAAAGAGGAAACUGUGGGUGUCGUCACUGGAGAAGAAGGCAGAAGAGCUUACGCACACAAACCUACAGCUGCAGAACGAGGUGACGUCACUGAGGUCAGAGGUUGGCCAGUUGAAGCAGAUCCUGCUCACCCACAAGGACUGUCCCGUCACUGCACGGCAGAGGGAGGCGCAGGGGUACCCCACUGCAGGGGUGAGUCCAGAAGGGAGUCCCACCCCUGCAGACCCUGAGACUCAGCCACACGCCAUCCAGCACAACAGCGUUUCCACCUCCUCGACAGCCGGAUGUGACAACGAGCACGGCCCCCUCUCUGGACUCUAACCCCCGCCCCCGCUACAGAUAAUAGCGCUGAACUCGACGAGUGGAUUCAUAAAUCCAUACAGACUCAAAGCUGUUUUACCGGCAUCAUCAGCAGCCCUUUUGUUUUAAUGUCAGGUGCUAAAGCAAGCCUUGUUUGCAAAACUCUGGUGUCAACUUUGACUCUUGUGUUGAUGAGGAAAAUAUCUGGGGCUGUUUACAUGAAUCCAACCUGCACUUCUAACUCACGGGUGAUCCAAACACAGACAAUCUCUGCAUGUUUUGCACUAACUAUUCAUAUGUUUAUGUACACAGGUUGGAGAAAGAAAAUGUUUUACAAAAAAAAAGAAAAUAAAGUAAAAUAGAGUCUACCUGGGUUCAAUUUAAUCUAAAAAAAAAAAUUAUAGGACUUAUUUUUGUAAAAGUACAUAGACUCCAAACACACCAUUUCCAAAAACAUGGCGGUGGCAGCAUCAUCUCGUGUGGAUGUUUUUCUUCAGCAGGAACAAGAAAACUGGACAGAGACAAUGGAAAUGUAGAGGGAGCUAAACAAGCCAACGCUGAAUGAAAACCUGCUUACGACUUACCCGUUGAGAGACUUAAAGCCAUAACUGCAGAAAAAGGACAGCUAAAUGCAAUCUCUGCCCUUCCUUUGUACAUUUCUACAAUGAUUUGUGUUGUUCUGACUCAGAAAAUGCAAUGAAAGUGUACUGAAAUGUGAAAAUUUCAAGGAGUAUGAGUACAUCUUGCAUGGCCCUGUAUAUUUUUUAUAUGUAACUAAUUUUGCAGCUGCUGGUUGCACACAUUUAUGCCUUUUGUUUUGAAGCAAAAAAAAUCAUUUCAAUGAAUAAUACAACUGUAUUUGUUUAUUAAUAAGUAAACCACUUCUUUACAAAAUGUUAUUUUAAACAUUGCAAAUGUGUUCUUGUAAAUAAAGUCAAUCAAAGCAGAAAUCUGUGUUCCAGAGCCAUAGAAAUGGAAAGAAAGAUUGUAAACUGGCUUUCUUUUUUUUUUUUACAUAAUGGAACUGCACUUCAUGUCCAAAUCCCACUCAGAUGAUUUACGUUUCAACCUAACAUUUUGUAC